UUCAUUAAUAAUUAUAAAUAAAGAAUAUGGAGAGACGUAUGGAGACAGUCAAGAGACAAUUGUGUAACAAAUUCUAUCACAUGAACGACGAGUGGCUCAACGACUGCCUCGAUUACUAUUUGACUGAAAAUCCAAAUGCAACAGUUGAUGAAGCUUUAACAUUCGUGACAGCCCAGUGGCAACUGAGUGAUCUCCGUGAGAUCUCAGAUAAAAAAGGAUGUUUGCCAAAAAACCUCGGACAGCAAAAAUGCACGACAUUGCCAGGAAAAUACAUCCUCCAGGUGGAAAAAGGCUACGACAUAUCAACCCCAAAAUACAAACAACUGGAGACAAUGCGAAAAGUUUCAAACGAGAAUGACCUAGUGCAAGAAGGAGAGCAGACACAGUUCUGGGAGGCAAAAAGCAAAAGAAUGAUGCAGCUGUUCCUGACUGAUGGCAUCCAGGAUAUUUCAGGGAUCGAGUAUCACCGGAUCAGAUUCCUGAAGGAUAUGAUUCUCCCGGGAUUCAAGAUCAUGAUCAAGGGACCAGUGGAGUGUAGACGAGGAGUUAUUCUCCUGGAUGAGUCGAAUAUUCAGGAGAUUGGGGGUGAAGUGGAGCGUUUACUCAUUUCAAAUGCAACAGAAAAUGUUUUUGCACGAGCCCUGAACAUGCCAGAGAAUCCAGACCCCUACAAUGACACAAAUCCGCCGACUGGUGAUGCAGGCAUCCUCGACGACGAUUUUGACGUCGAUCUUGACGUCGAUCUUGAUGAAAUCACACAGCUGGAAUCAGGAGCCCCAGCUAAUCGACCCUCUGCCAAUCCUCCACAGUCAUCGAGGCCUCAGAAGACGAAUUCCUGUAUCAAUUCCUCGAACGUACCAACCAAAAAUCCGACGAGAUCCAUCGACAGGCCAAAACCUCUGGACCUUGAAACAGAGAUGGAGGGCAUCGAAUUCCCUGACGACGAUGAACUCUUCCUCGAACUGAUGGAUGAAAACCACAUCAAGAGGAAUUCACGAUUAGUCGAAAAUCGUCAGAAUGAAAAUCUCAGUCGAAAUUCUGGGACAUCAAUUGCCAAAUCCAAUAACAGAGAGUCUGAGCUAAUUAACAUCUCUAAUGAAAAAUCAUUUGCCAAAAAUCUCCGGGACAGCUCGAGUAAAUCGAGGCAGACUGAAGUAUUUGAUGAAAAAUUAGAGGACUUUGGAAAUAUAGAGUGGGACGACUUCGAGCUUGAGGCUGAUGUAAAAACAGUUCAAACCAGAGGAACUACAGCUGAAAGAAACCCUGAAGUUUCAAAAUCGGUGAAACCCACCGGUCUAAUUUCGUUUUUCAAACAAUCUACAGUUUCUAGGAGUGAGAAAAACAUGAAGCCCUUGGAAACAACGAAAACGAGUGGUGUAAGAGUUCUAGGAGCUUCAGGAUCUGACUCUCGAGUAAACUCGAGUUUAAAUCCCCCGAAGAGAGCAGGGGACCCCCUCCCAACAGGGUCGAAGAUUCUGUCGACUAAAAACAAUGCGAAGAUUACCCAAAACAACAGAGGAAUCCUAGAUUUCUUCAAAAAGACUGAGAAACCUGUUGAACGUCCGAUCGAAAGAGUCUGUGAUUUUAUUUGUGAAUUGAAAAGAUUGUCCCUGAGUGAAGGACUCGCGAGGAAGAAAAUCUGGGCGAAGACCAAGUACCUGGGGAAGUUGGGGAAAGUCGAGGGAGAAUGGACGCUGGAGGGAACCCUGACUGAUGGCACUGACAGUCUGGAUGUGGAGUUUUCCUCAAAAGUCUUGGAGAAAACGCUCGGAUUCACCGUGGCUGAAUUCACAGUGCAGAAGAAACAAAAAAAGACUAAUCCUGGCCUUGAAGAGAAAUUGAGACAGGCAUUCAGAACUGCUGAUGCAAGGUUGAAAAAUCUAGACGCCAUCGUCGAAGUCGAACUAUCUCUGAACAAUAAAAAACCGAAAGUAAUUUCAAUCACAGACUUGAGUGAUUCAGAAAGAAAAACUAUAGUCGAGAGCAAAAAGAGACUGGGCUUCUGAUAAAUCUCACUUGCUAUGUGAAUGCACUCAUUGUAUGCAAUUGAAUGCCCUAUCCAAAGACGAUUGCCUAAAGUAGAGGCUCAGUUCUGCACCCCAAGAGAGGGAGGGCGCCCCACGCAAUGCUGGGGUGUCCAUCAAGUCGACGGGGUGAAUUUUAUUUUCUGCGGCAUGAAUGCUUUUUGUAUUUCGUUUGUUUAACUGGAAUUUAGCCGCCUGUAGAACGAGUGGAAGGGGGAAGCCACAUUUUGUGGAAUUUUAAAUGAAAAAAAUUAUUUAAUAUGUAGAAG